CGCUGCUACUGACGGCGACCGUCCCGCCGAGCCGGGGCCGCUCCACCGGGCAGCCAGAAGAUGUGGAUGAGUGUGCCCACGGGCUAGAUGACUGCCAUACAGAUGCCCUGUGUCAGAACACACCCACCUCUUACAAGUGCUCCUGCAAACCUGGCUACCAAGGGCAGGGCAGGCAGUGUGAAGAUGUGGACGAGUGCCUGGAGAACAAUGGCGGCUGCCAGCACACCUGUGUCAACGUCAUGGGGAGCUACGAGUGCCGCUGCAAGGAGGGCUUUUUCCUGAGUGACAAUCAGCACACGUGCAUUCACCGUUUAGAAGAGGGUCUGAGCUGCAUGAAUAAGGAUCAUGGCUGUAGUCACAUCUGCAAGGAGGCACCGAAGGGAAGUGUUGCCUGCGAGUGUAGGCCUGGUUUUGAGCUGGCCAAGAACCAGAGAGACUGCAUUUUGACCUGUAACCAUGGAAAUGGUGGGUGUCAGCACUCCUGCGAAGACACGGCUGAAGGGCCCGAGUGUAGCUGCCAUCCACAGUACAAGUUGCACACAGAUGGGAAGAGCUGCCUUGAGCGAGAGGACACUGCCCUGGAGAUGACAGAGAACAAUGCCACAUCAGUGGCAGAUGGGGAUAAGCGUGUGAAACGGAGGCUGCUCAUGGAAACAUGUGCUGUCAACAAUGGAGGCUGUGAUCGCACCUGCAAGGAUACUUCAACAGGUGUUCACUGCAGUUGUCCAGUGGGAUUCACUCUCCAGUUGGAUGGGAAGACAUGUAAAGAUAUUGAUGAGUGCCAGAUCCGAAAUGGAGGUUGUGAUCACUUCUGCAAAAAUACUGUGGGCAGUUUUGAUUGUAGCUGCACAAAAGGAUUUAAAUUAUUAACAGAUGAGAAGUCUUGCCAAGAUGUGGAUGAGUGCUCUUUGGAUAGGACCUGUGACCACAGCUGUAUUAACCACCCUGGCACAUUUGCUUGUGCUUGCAACAAAGGGUACACUCUCUAUGGCUUCACCCACUGUGGAGACACCAACGAGUGCAGCAUCAACAACGGAGGCUGUCAGCAGGUCUGUGCAAACACAGUGGGCAGCUAUGAAUGCCAGUGCCAUCCCGGGUACAAGCUCCACUGGAAUAAAAAGGACUGUGUGGAAGUGAAGGGGUUCCUGUCCACUAGUGUGUCACCUCAUGUGUCCCUGCAUUGUGGGAAGAGUGGUGGAGGAGACAGGUGCUUCCUAAGAUGUCACUCUGGCAUUCACCUCUCUUCAGGACUGCAAGAGGCCUAUUCUGUCACCUGCGGCUCUUCUUCUCCUCUCAGGAGCAAACAGCAAAAAUCAAAUGACUCUGCUUUUGGGGGUAACUUCUCUCACUUGUUUCUUUCUGAAGAUGUCACCACCAUCAGGACAAGUGUAACCUUUAAGUUAAAUGAAGGCAAGUGUAGUUUGAAAAAGGCUGAGCUGUUUCCCGAGGGUCUGCGACCAGCACUACCAGAGAAGCACAGCUCAGUAAAAGAGAGCUUUCGCUACGCAAACCUUACAUGCAGCCCUGGCAAGCAAGUCCCAGGACCCCCUGGCCGAUCAAGCACCCCUAAGGAAAUGUUUAUCACUGUUGAGUUUGAGCGUGAAACUUACCAAAAGGAGGUGACAGCUUCUUGUGAUCUGAGCUGUAUUGUGAAGCGAACAGAGAAGCGGCUACGGAAGGCCAUCCGCACGCUCAGGAAGGCUGCCCACAGGGAGCAGUUUCACCUUCAGCUCUCAGGCAUGGACCUUGAUGUGACUAAAAAGUCUCCCAGAACAUCAGAACAGCAGGCAGAGUCCUGUGGAGUGGGCCAGGGCCAUGUAGAAAACCAAUGCGUCAGUUGCAGGGCUGGGACAUAUUAUGAUGGAGCACAAGAACGCUGCAUUUUAUGUCCAAAUGGAACCUUCCAAAAUGAGGAAGGACAGAUCACUUGUCAACCAUGCCCAAGACCAGAAAAUCUUGGGUCCUUAAAGACCCCAGAAGCUUGGAAUGUGUCUGAAUGUGGAGGUCUGUGCCAACCUGGAGAAUAUUCUGCAGAUGGCUUUAAACCUUGCCAGCUCUGUGCCCUGGGCACAUUCCAGCCUGAAGCUGGCCGAACUUCUUGCUUCCCCUGUGGAGGAGGGCUCCCCACCAAACAUCUGGGAGCAACUUCCUUCCAGGACUGUGAAACCAGAGUUCAGUGUUCACCUGGACAUUUCUACAACACCACCACUCACCGAUGUAUUCGCUGCCCAGCGGGGACAUACCAGCCCGAAUUUGGAAAAAAUAACUGUAUUUCUUGUCCAGGAAACACUACAACGGACUUUGAUGGCUCCACAAACAUUACCCAAUGUAAAAACAGAAGAUGUGGCGGGGAGCUGGGAGAUUUCACAGGAUACAUUGAAUCCCCAAACUAUCCAGGCAAUUACCCAGCCAACACCGAGUGUACCUGGACCAUCAACCCACCUCCCAAGCGCCGCAUCUUAAUUGUGGUCCCUGAGAUCUUCCUACCCAUAGAGGACGACUGUGGAGACUACCUGGUGAUGCGGAAAACCUCAUCGUCCAAUUCAGUGACAACCUAUGAAACCUGCCAGACCUACGAACGCCCCAUCGCCUUCACCUCCAGGUCAAAGAAGCUGUGGAUUCAAUUUAAGUCCAAUGAAGGGAACAGUGCCAGAGGGUUUCAGGUCCCAUAUGUGACGUAUGACGAAGACUACCAAGAACUCAUUGAAGAUAUUGUUCGAGAUGGCAGGCUCUACGCAUCUGAGAACCACCAGGAAAUACUUAAGGAUAAGAAACUGAUCAAGGCUCUGUUUGAUGUCCUGGCCCACCCCCAGAACUAUUUCAAGUAUACAGCCCAGGAGUCCCGAGAGAUGUUUCCAAGAUCUUUCAUCCGAUUGCUACGUUCCAAAGUUUCCAGGUUUUUGAGGCCUUACAAAUGAGUGCCCACAUGCCACAAAUGUUCGGCUGUGGGCUUGGUGGGAUGGAGCCGUCUGUCUGCCUUCCACACAGUUCGGAUAUUGCCGUCUCCAGUAUCAGUGACUCAUUAGAGUUAAAUUUUUAUAGAUAAUACAGAUAUUUUGGUAAACUGCA